UGGGCAGUGACGAUUCGUUACCCUAAAACAAAAUACGAGGACAAGCGGAAACUCCGGAAAGUUCCAGAAAAUUCCACCAAUUAUUUUGUAAUGUUGGUACUUUCAUUUCUGGGGACAAUGUUGCCGGAUUGUGCUUGACGUGACAUAAGAGGGACAUUUUUGUUGUAAAAUUAUUAAAAUUAAGAGUUUUGUGAUGUUUUCGGGGCUGGUUUGUGACAUAUAAAGUGUUUGUAAUGUUUUUUUGAUGUGUGAAGAAAGUUUUGCGGAGUUUUAAGUGUGUUUAACUAUAUUUAAAUUUUUGGUUUGGCAAUGGUGCGACGUGAGCAAUUUCCUCUUUCAGUGACUUGAGAAUUGACCGGCACGUUGUGUGCAAAAUCGUCGAUUGCGUGAAGACGAACGUUUGUAAAUCAUUCCAGGCUGCAUUUAUCGUUUAUUGAGGCUGCAAAGCGCGUAUUUAUUUUAACGUUUAACGAUUUAAAAAGCGAAUAAUUUCACAAUGGCCGCAAUGUCAGUUAUUGGUAUCGACCUGGGAAACGAAAAUUGUUAUGUGGCCGUCGCAAAAGCCGGAGGCAUCGAAACUAUCGCAAACGAUUACAGUUUAAGGGCCACACCACUAUGCGUUGCAUUUUCUGGAAAAAACCGUGUGCUUGGUGUAGCUGCCAAAAACCAACAAGUCACCAACAUGAAAAACACUGUGUAUGGCUUAAAAAGACUGCUUGGCCGGAAGUUUCGGGACCCACAUGUCCAAAAGGAAAUACAAUCAAUGCCAUUCAAUGUUAUAGAAGUUGCAAAUGGCAACAUUGGAAUCAAAGUUAACUAUUUGAAUGAAGAGCAUGUUUUCUCGCCCGAACAGUGUUUGGCCAUGUGUCUCACCAAACUCAAGGAUACUGCAACGACUGCCUUGCAAACGCCCAUCAACGAUUGUGUCAUUUCUGUACCAUCUUAUUUCACUAAUAAUGAGAGGAUGGCUCUGCUGGAUUCUGCAGCCAUUGCAGGCUUGAACGUUUUGCGUCUUUUCAACGAAACCACCGCAACUGCUUUGUCUUACGGCAUCUACAAGCAAGAUCUGCCCGCCCCGGAAGAAAAACCCCGUAACGUUGUGUUCGUCGACUGCGGUCACUCUGCGCUGCAGGUGUUCGCCGUCGCUUUCCACAAGGGCAAGUUGCGCAUGCUUGCCACAGCCGCCGAUGCCAAUUUGGGCGGUCGCGAUUUUGAUUUGCUGCUCGCCAAUCACUUUGCGCACGAGUUCCAGGGCAGAUACAAGAUCGACGCCAAGUCUAACGCCAGGGCGUUUUUGAGAUUGUUAGCGGAAGUGGAAAAACUCAAAAAACAAAUGUCGGCCAACUCCACGACCCUCCCUCUGAACAUCGAAUGCUUCAUGGAGGACAAAGACGUGCACGGAGAACUCAAAAGAUCCGACAUGGAACAAAUGGCCGGCGGUCUGUUGGUCCGAGUGGAAGAAACCCUAAAAAAAUGCUUGGAAAACUCGAGCUUGAGUUUGGACGACGUUCACUCCGUAGAAAUUGUCGGUGGAUCCUCGAGAAUCCCUUCGAUAAAGCAGUUGAUUGAGAAAGUGUUCAAGAAAACGCCGAGUACAACUUUAAAUCAGGACGAGGCUGUCAGCAGAGGUUGCGCAUUGCAGUGCGCAAUGCUUUCGCCGUCUAUCAGAGUCAGGGAAUUCAGCGUUACCGAUGUGCAGACUUAUCCUAUUUCUGUAUAUUGGGACGCCAGUCCCAGUGGCGAGGCCGCAGGGGAGGUGGAAGUUUUCCCCGUGAACCAUGCAGUGCCGUACUCGAAAAUUUUGACGCUUUACAGACAGGAACCGUUUUCUAUUAAAGCGCAAUACAGCGGAAAUGUGCCUUACCCGGAUAAAAAUAUUGGCACAUGGAUCGUGAAAGACAUAAAACCAAACACGGACGGCAAAGCGCAAAAGGUGAAGGUAAAAGUGCGCGUCAACUUGCACGGCAUCAUGACGGUAUCCAGCGCCUCGCUGUACGAGGCCAAGGACGCCAGUCCGGACACGGACGGCUCGUUGACCACCGCCGACGAGCAGCAGCAGCAGCAGCAGCAGCAAGCGCCGGCCAAGGAGGGCGGACAGGAGGCCGAAGCGCCGCAGGACGGCGCCACUGCCAACCAAGAGGGCGCGAAGGACGGCGGUGCGCACGCGCAGAACGGCUCGGGCGCUGCUGAGGUAGGCUCCGGCACAAGCUGGACGAAGAAAAUAUCCGGCUGGUUCGGCGGGGAAGACAAAGACAAAAAGAAAAAACAGGUCGUAAAAGCCGUAGACUUGCCUUUAGAAGUGCUAACUUAUGGUUUUUCCCAAGUCGAAAUUAACCAAUUUACCGAGCAGGAAUUCAAAAUGAUCGCUUGCGAUAGGCAGGAAAAAGAACGCGCCGACGCUAGAAACGCUCUAGAAGAAUACGUGUACGAAUUACGUAGCAAAAUCUCUUCUGACGAUGAAUUAGGUUUGUACGUUUUGGAAGGUGACAGAGACAAUUUGGUGAGGCAGCUGGACGAAAUGGAGAAUUGGCUUUACGAGGACGGUGAAGAUUGCAGCAGGCAGCUCUACAUGGACAAACUGACCGAAUUGAAACAGAAAGGCGAGCCUAUUCAAACUAGAAAAAUCGAAUGCGAACUGAGACCGGUCGUAAUUGAAGAUUUCGCCAAAUCUUUGCAGAUGUGUCAAAAAGCUCUUGACAUGAUCAAGGAAAACAAUCCAAAAUACGCCCAUCUUUCCAACGACGAAGUAAAAACUGUGGAGCAAAGUUUCCAAAAUUCGUUUCAAUGGUUGCAACAGGCUAGAACGAAAACCAUAAGCGCGCCUAAGCAUUUACCUCCACCAAUCACCGUCGCGCAAAUCAGACAAGAGCGUUCCGCAUUCGAUAACGCAGUCAACGCCAUAUUGAGUAAACCGGCACCCAAAGCGCCCUCUCCCCCCAAAGAGGAUAAGCAGGCGGGAGACAACAGUCAGGCGAAGGCCGAGGACCAGCAGCAGGGUAACCAAGACAGUACUAAAAAUCCACAGCAGGAAAACAUGGAUUGGUCGUCCACAUAAUUUAGAUAAUUUAAUUAAUUAUUAACAAAUUAAUAUUUAAUCUAAUCUAUCUUAUAGGUCACACCUGACUGUUCCCCCCUUACACCUAAAUAUAAAUAAUUUGAUUGAUGAUCAUUUAACAGCCAGGCUUAGUUUUUUAUUAUUUGUAAACUGUAUAGUGUUAUUGUCACUAUUUCAGUACCCAAACUAAUUUAAGUUUCUUUUUUUUAACUUAUAUUUUUUGCUUUGUCUCGAUUAUGCACAAAUGUUAAAUUCGUAGUAACCAGGCUGUACUUUAAUAGCUUCAUUCCAAAUUAUUUACAAUGUUGUACAUUUUUUAAAUUAUGUUUAAAAAAUACAGAUGUCAAAAACUUU